GAGUGAGUGUGAGUGUGUGCGUGUCUGGGUGCGAUUGAGAUUCUGCGACUUUUUUAUUAUAUACAUUUCAACUUUAUCGUCUAUCUGUCUUUCGAAGUAAGAUUAACAUUGAUUUUAACCAUCUGGAUAUUCUAAAAACGGCUUUUAUUUUUAUUUUUUUGCUGAAGAAUGCCACUGUCGCUGAUCAAUUCAACACAACACAGGACUUUUUAGUUUAUUAUUAUUAUUAUAAAUUUACAUUCUUCAAUGUAACGGAUGUUUAGACCAAUUGAUGAUACUUUCUUAAAUUUACUUUAAAAAUACAUUUGGUCGCUUCUGCACGGAGAUUUGUUGUUGUUUCGCCACUGGAAACUCAUGAUGAUUGUUUAUUUGUGUUUGAGUAUGUGUUUGUUCGCAUGGGGCUGGACAUCCCAUUGACUGUUUACAAAGGCUUCUUAGAAAUAGCUGAUCAUCCCCGAGCUUAUACUUCAGAUAUGCAUGUGUAAUUUGAAGAAGUGAUCUUAAAGCAGAGAACAAUCAAAGACUGACAGAAUGCUGAAGACCCUCACUAAAAAACUCAGAAGACACUCUCUAAACGAAAUCCACCCUUUUCAAUUAAAGAUUUCGUACCAUGGCAGUGAGGAGGGAGGAGAGAGUGAAGACUCGGAGGGUGAAAACCAAGAACUGGCACAGAUCGACAGAGAGCGCCGCCGGAACUGCGCCCUCACCCCUCUAGCCACCAGUCAACAGCACAAUCAGGGCGUGCUCUCUCCCGCCCACCUACGCCGUUUUCGUCUUCUGCUGGACACCACCCUGGAUCGUCACAGUUCUGAAGAGGAGCUGGAGUGCAUUGCAGGAGCCCCAGGGACUGAGGCGGGGAGAAAGUGGCACAGGCAUGGAGACAUGAGCAGUGCCUCUAGUGAUGAGGAGGUGAAGGAUCUUUGUGGGCCAAAUGAGCCUGCUGCGGGGGCUCGCUUGAGUGCCGCCUCUCCCAGCCCCGUUCCUUUCAGCUCCUCCCCGCCUCGAGCUCUCAAACCAUUGCACAUGCCGACCCGCCUUCCUGUCCGGCCCAUCAUCCUCAACCACUUUGAACAGCCUUCCAUGCCUUAUUGGCGGCACAGGCCCGCUUACACGGGAGAACUCGGUCGGCCCAGCCUGGACCUGGAGAAGAUGCAGCAGAAAAUGCUCCUUAAAAAAAACUGUGGUGGGAAAACGAGAACUAUCAAGAUUCGGAAUCUGAGUAGUGGCCGUCAUGCUCCCAGAUAUUCCUAUGAUCCUUCCAUCUUUGCUUUCCGCUCACUGAGCAACGCCCCACCCUGCAGCCCCCUACAUCCUGCUGAGGAACCUCCGUGUGCUUGAGGGAAAGGACUGGAAAGUCACUGAGACAAAACAUUACAGAUUUGUGGACCAAAAAUUCCCAACAUAAAGACAAUGAGUGUUUUGCAUUGCCUUUUAUUUUUCAGGAUAUUAGUAUGAACAAAGGCCCAGUGAUAAGGCCUGAUAACAAAACAGGAAGUGUGAUCAGGGCUAGAAUGUAUGAGAGGAACGAGGAGAUGGCAACCUUUCGCCUUUAGCCGUCUCAUCCUCUCUAUCUCUCAGGAAACCCACUUAGAACUUAUUAUGAUGAUAAGGCCAUUACCACUAUGUGGACUACCUAUUAAACCGCAACCAAAUGGUAAAAGGAAUAAGGAGAGUUUGGUCAGUGGCCAAAUGGUAAUGAUGUGAUCAUAACAUUUUGGAUAAAAUGUAAGACCAUAUUGAAAGUAUUUGGUUGUUUGGACAGCAAAAUGUGUUGUGAGACAAUCAGUUUGAUGCCAGAAUGGGCCUUAAAUAGUUCAAUACAUCUGGUUAUUAAUCUAACUCAAUAGCUCCAUAAACAGAGUGAACCAGAAAACCCAACAAUCCAACAUAAUGAAAAUAUACAGCAGAUAUUCCAAGUUAUUGUUCAUGUUUAAAUGUUAUGUAAGUAACAAUGAAAAUAUGUCAGUAAAGAAUCUGAUUUGUAUUCCAAAGUAUUUAAAUAGUAAGCAAAACAACAAAGAGAAAGAAAUAUUACACUAUACUAGAGUCUUUCAAAAUUGUAUAUUACACCAGUGGAACUUGCGCCUUGUAUUAGCACACUUAAGUACAUAAAAUACAAAGUCUUUUACAAUUAACAUCUAGUUUAUAAGAUUUCAGAGAUAAAAUAAUAGCCCACACAUACACAUUGGCUAUAUUCGGAAUGGAAUACUAGUGUACUGCUUACUGCAUACUGUGCAGUUUACACUGUAUACUUCAAUAUAAAAAGGAAAUGCAACAACAAACUCAUUACACUGUUAAUUUUGCGAGUUCUCGUUCUCAAGACUAGUUCUCGAGACUAGUUCUCUUCGUAAAAAUAAAAAGGGUUAGUUUGCAUUUUUAUCCAAUUUCAAGAAACGUUUUCUUGGCAGUUCUAUCAAAUAAUGAAUUAAGAUGUUAAAAGUUGUAGGUUAAAGAAAUAUUGCAUUGUGAAACAAACGUAUUUUGCAGAAUGUUUGAAUGCUGUGCACCGUAUAAAUACUAAAUACUUCAGAAAUCGUUAGAGUAAUAUGCUAGUAUGCUAUUCCGAACAUUGUGGGUGUCAAUUUGUUGUGUAGAAAACAAAGUACAGCACUCAACAUGAGAUCUUAAAUAUGGACCGUAAGCCUUUUGAGGGUUUAAUUGUGUUGAGUACACUCAACGACAUAUUUCAGUACUUUUUGUUGAAUGUAAACAGCUACAGUGCAGCCCACAUAAGGAUCAAUAAGCUAAGCCAAUCAGAGUGCAAACAAUAAGGAUACAUAUUCAUAGUUUUCACCUAGGUGUUACAUGUAUCUAUGUGAAACUAAUACAAUAUUUUAAUUAAAUGUAGCUUUAGGGGCAUAUAGUACAUGCUUGCAACAUGUGAAAAGUUGUUCUCAGUCUCUAUGCCUCAAACGAGAAAAAUAAAAGUUUCUUCCCAUUUUGCGUACAGUUACUUUACUUGAAAUACUGUUCAACUCACAUUACGACAGUUGAUAGAUAUCUUUGUUACUCUUAAUUGUGAGAGUGGUUUAGUAAAGCUUUUGAACUCAAGUCUUAAAUGGAUAGUGUCCAUUUGACGUGUGGGGUCACUUGAGCUUUUGAUGUUCCUUUGGGCAGUUGAGACAGUUGGUCCCUGUAUUGUACACAGAGUCCUUCAGAUUUGGACUGCACUGUACCACUGCUAGGAUUGAAUGACACUUCCCUGUAGACCUAAUUGGAUGAAUAGUGCGGAAGCAAAUAGCAUCCUAAUGUUUUGUCCAGACAGGC